AUGGAACCGGUUCCUGAGACGGAGCGUAUGGAGGCCUUCAGGUCAUCGCCCGUACCGUCUUUGAGACUCGGCACUCCUAUCGCGAGCCGGCUCGAGAUCGUGGUCGACCAGAAGCCAGCGAAUCCACGCCGUAGCAGCGAACCGAGCCCGACCUCGCCUAGAACGCCCUCGGCCUGGGCACAGAUGAGCUCGCUCCCAUACCGUCCACGAACCGCAUCCCCGCUCUCCCAUGGCCACACACGCUCUCGAUCUGCCGCCAGCAUCGCCCCUACCAUGUCUCGAACCCAGUCGCUGCCGGGCCUGAAUGGCUCUGGCCAUAUCCUCAUACCUCAAUUACGCCGUCCCGAAAGCCCGUCCCCCGCUUCCCCUAGCCGCAUCAGGGUCCCUAGAAAACCUCUUGACGAAUCCUUCCCACCUCCAUCCCCCGUACGAUCGUCAGUUAUUGAUCCGGAGCGGCGGCACAGAGACCGGAGCAGCUCACCAGGUCUUGGAUUUCAACUCGGCAACGGCCGCAUCCAGCGGCCAUCUUCUCCCCUACGGAACAUGGGCAACCUGAGUUCGGGCUCUCUGUCACAGUUGCCCUCUACGCCGUCCUCGGUAGCUUCUUCGCCCUCAUACAGGGCGUACGAUUCAUUCUCUGGCAGCUUAUCUUCAGUUCCAUCGACACCAACAUCUACGAGAUCACGAAGCCCCAGCAUUUCGAGCCUCGAAACUAUCCCCGAUACGCCUGACGCCGAGGAAGCUGCCCUGGAGGCCGAGCGAAUUGCCCAGCUCAAGGCAGCUGCUGAUGCUGCCGACAGUAACGAAUCCUCUGAUGCCAAGGGCCGAAGCAGUCUCGAUGUGCCUUCACGAGGGCGCACGAUGAGUUUCGGGUCCAGGGACAAGCGCAAGCGCUGGAGUGUCUGCGGAGCCGAACGUAGGGGCGAUUUGGAUCUUGAGACUAUUUGGGAGGACUAA